GGCCCCGCCUCCCCGAGGGAAGGCACCUGCGCCGGAGCCUCCAGGAGAGGGAAGCAGCGGGGUUCCAAGGACGGCGUCGGACACGUCGGUCUGCGUCGCUGUCACCCUAGAGGCAAGGCCGGAAGCGCCACGGCUCGACCCCCGCGCCCUUCUGUUUUCGAAGGGGCAGCGCUCUUCCUCCCGACCCGCUCCGCCUCCGCUUCUCGCCCCUCCUCCCGAGGCCGGAGCCCCCAGUGUAGGUGGGGCGCGCCGCCUGAGCUCCCGGACCCGGAAGAAGCGCCAUCCCCCAGCCUCCGCCAUGGAGCCCACCGCGCUGUCCCUCACCGAGGAGGACCUGACUGAAGUGAAGAAGGACGCUUUAGAAAAUUUGCGUGUAUAUCUGUGUGAAAAAAUCAUAGCUGAGAGACAUUUUGAUCAUCUGCGUGCAAAAAAAAUACUCAGUAGAGAAGACACUGAAGAAAUUUCUUGCCGAACAUCAAGUAGAAAAAGGGCUGGAAAAUUGUUAGACUACUUACAAGAAAACCCCAAAGGACUAGAUACCCUUGUUGAAUCUAUUCGGCGAGAAAAAACACAGAACUUCCUGAUACAGAAGAUUACAGAUGAAGUGCUAAAACUUCGAAAUAUAAAACUAGAACAUCUGAAAGGACUAAAAUGUAGCAACUGUGAGCCUUUUCCAGAUGGAGCCACAAACAACCUCUCUAGAUCAAAUUCCGAUGAGAGUUAUUUCUCUGAAAAAAGGAGAGUGUCCACUAUGUACCAUCCCGAAGGAGAAUCCAGCACAGCCCCCUUUUUUUCUACUAAUUCAUCUCUGAAUUUGCCCGUCCUAGAAGUAGGCAAAACUGAAAACCCUACAUUCUCUUCAACUACACUUCCCAGGCCUGGGGACCCUGGGGCUCCUCCUUUGCCCCCAGAGUUGCAGCUAGAAGAAGGAACUUGUGGAAACUCUAGUGAGAUGUUUCUUCCCUUAAGAUCACGUGCUCUUUCGAGGCAAUGACAGUUUACAGCCUUUUUUUUUUUUAAUAAUGACUAAUAUUUGGAAGGAUAUGAAUCUUUAAAAAACUGCUAUAAUGACUUAUUAACACCUGAAACAUGUCUUUUUAAAUGCAAUGUAAGCACACUUUGUAAAUAGACUUUUGUGAAUACUUUUAGAUAGCUAAAGUAAAUCAUGUUGAUCAUGUACCUUUCAGAAUUUUGUGGGUUUCGUUUUUGUUUUUCAUUUUUGAAGUAUUUGCUGUUUUCACAUUUUUUAUGUUUUAAGACCAAUUUUAAUACGGAAUAUUUCUCUAUUUGAUAAUAGAGUCUCAGGCUGGGAAUGAUGUUUCUCAGUGCAUUUGUGCUAGAAAUUUUCAGUCUAAUAGUCCUUUCCAACCAUCUAGCAGUAAAUUUUCAGGAUGAAGCUGUUUCUAAUCCUCCUAUGUAAUAAAAGCCAAAUAUGCAAAUUGUCCCUUCGACUGGGAGUUCAACUCGCUAUGAUGUGCGCUGAUCACCAGGGGGCAGCGCAGAACAUGGCGGGCGUUGGCGACGUGGCGCUGGCAGCGGGCAGCAGUAGAAGCGCUUCCAGCCCCUAUGGGCCCUGACAAGAGCGGGACUGCAGCGGGAUGGUGGAGCAGAUGAGCAGGCAGCGCCAGGCCAAGUCGGGUGCGAGCGGGGCCCAAUCAUUCUGAAGACAGCGGCAGCGGUGUGGGUGGGGCCGCAGCCCGGCUCCCAGGCACUGAGGGAGCUGGGCGGGUGCCUGAUGACUCAGAUAGAGCGGGGUGUGCACUGAGGCCUGGGGCCCCAGGUGCUGCCCAGGGCCCAGAGGUCAGGUGGGACCUGCCCUUCCUCGCCAGAUGCUCGCGCUUCGAUCACCAGCCAGGCCUAGGGACCACACCCAUGCACGAAUUUCAUGCACUGGGCCUCUAGUUGAUAAUAAAGCCAAUCACUAAUGGGAAAAACUGUUAGUGAACAAAAAAAAAAUCUCCUACUUAAUUUGGCUUACAGACAACAGAAUCCCCUUCUGAUGCACAGGAACAUCAGAGUUUGAGCCACCUAAAAUCUCAGUUUGCCAACAUACAUCUACUAACCUUAAUAAUUCAUGCUACUUUUUUAAGAUAUUCACAUUUUCAUUCCUAAAGAAAAAUCUUUACAAAAACCUGUUAUUACAUGUAAUUUGAUGAGAAUUUUAAGAAAUACUUUUUCUGCACUUUUCAUUUUCUUUUAAUGAGGACCACUGUGCGAGUUAAAAUAACUAGAACAAAAUGUGUUUUUUUCCAUGUGUGUAUGUGAUUGUCUGUUUUUAAUACUAUUUGGAACAAUUGAAGCAGAUUUUUCUUUGUGUUAUAUAACAAAGUUUGACUAAAUUUGUGCAUUUAUAAAUUAUGCCCUCAUUGUGUUCAUUUAAGUUAUAAUUCUAUUUUCUGAUCUCCAUCUAAUAUAUUUCCAUUAGUUGCAAAAAAACAGAGAUGGAAACAUGCUAUUAACAAUAAAAGUUUUUAAAUUUUA